CGCUAUCUCUCAACUCAGGAUAGGACUUGCAGUACAGCCAGUGGCUGUCUGACCUAGCGCUAUGCAUAUCCUACCCCGAGAUGAGGCCAAACUGCUUUUGCAUCAGGCCGGGUUCCUCGCUCAGAAACGUCUCGCGCGAGGACUCAAGCUCAAUCAAACCGAAGCCACGGCAUUGAUCGCGUCAGUGUUACAGGAGAGAAUCCGGGAUGCCAGGCAUUCAGUUGCGGAGCUGAUGCAACAUGGGAAGACGCUCCUUGGCCGAAGGCACGUCCUCCCUGACGUUGUCAGCCUCCUACAUGAGAUACAAGUCGAGGGGACGUUUCCUGAUGGCGUGUUCCUGGUGACGGUGCACGAUCCUGUCUGCACGGAAUCUGGAGACAUCGCAGCCGCUCUCUACGGAUCUUUCCUCCCCGUGCCACCUGAAGACGCGUUCCCGUCCACCGACCCCGCGGACUUCGCACGGGAGAAAGUCGCCGGCGCCAUCAUCGCGCGCAAGGAAAGCAUCGUGAUAAACAAAGGGAGGGAACGCAUCAGGCUGCGCGUCACCAAUAACGGGGACAGACCCAUCCAGAUUGGCUCGCACUACCACUUCGUUGAGACGAACAAGGCGCUGUCCUUUGACCGCGGCAAAGCCUACGGCAAGCGCCUGGAUAUUGCCGCUGGCACCGCAGUGCGCUUCGAACCGGGAGAUGUCAAGACGGUCACGCUAUGCACCAUAGCCGGGGCGAAGAUUAUCUCGGGUGGAAACAACCUCGCGUCGGGCGUGUUCGAUCUCGCACGCACCGACGACAUAAUCCGGGGUUUAGUCCAAAAGGGCUUCGGGUAUGCUCCUGAACCCGGGGCGCUCGAGGUGUCGGAAGAUACGUCCAUCGGUCGGGAUGCAUAUAUCGCUAUGUUUGGGCCUACUGUGGGCGACAGGGUACGUCUUGGCGACACAGCGUUGUGGAUUGAGGUGGAGAGGGACGAGACGGUAUACGGCGACGAAGUGAAGUUCGGCGGAGGCAAAUCCAUACGGGAAGGGAUGGGACAAGCGACCAAUCGAUCGUCGUCCGAGACCCUAGACCUUGUGAUCACAAACGCGCUUAUUGUCGACUGGUCGGGUAUCUACAAGGCGGACGUCGGUGUCAAGAACGGUUAUAUCGCCGGAAUUGGCAAGGCGGGCAACCCAGACGUCAUGGCAGGCGUGCACCCGUCCCUCGUCAUCGGCUCGUCCACGGAGGUCAUCGCUGGGGAAAAAAUGAUCCUCACAGCGGGCGCUAUCGAUGCCCACGUUCAUUACAUAUGUCCCCAACAGGUUAACGAAGCGCUCGCUGCGGGGACGACAACCAUGAUCGGUGGCGGUACCGGGCCUAGUGCGGGGACGAAUGCCACAACGUGCACUCCUUCUCCCUUCUAUAUGCGUCACAUGUUGGCAGCUACGGAUGGUCUUCCGAUGAACUUCGGCUUCACCGGGAAAGGCAACGAUGCGGGGACGACGGCGGUGGAAGAGAUCGUGAAAGCGGGAGCUUGCGGGUUGAAGCUCCACGAGGAUUGGGGCACUACUCCAGCCGUUAUUGUCAAGGCGCUGGACGUCGGUGACAAGUACGACGUGCAGGUCAACAUUCACACAGACACCUUGAACGAGAGUGGUUUCGUUGAAAGCACCAUUGCCGCCUUCGGAGGUCGUACAAUUCAUACAUACCACACAGAAGGUGCAGGUGGUGGACAUGCGCCAGACAUCAUCGUCGUCUGUGGUCAGAACAAUGUACUGCCUUCUUCAACCAACCCGACUCGUCCCUUCACGAAGAAUACACUUGACGAGCAUCUGGAUAUGCUCAUGGUCUGCCACCACCUCGACAAGUCUAUCCCCGAAGAUCUUGCGUUCGCCGAAUCGCGAAUCCGAGCCGAGACAGUCGCUGCGGAAGAUGUGUUGCAUGAUACCGGCGCCAUCUCCAUGAUCAGUUCGGACUCGCAGGCCAUGGGCCGCGUAGGAGAAGUUGUCAGUCGUACAUGGAGGACGGCCAGUAAAAUGCGCGAAUUCAGGGGGCCGCUCUCGGCUCUUGGUGACAGCGAAGGCGUGGACAAUGGGAGGGUCAAGCGUUACAUUUCAAAAUACACCAUCAAUCCUGCUAUCACACAUGGCAUGAGCCACCUGGUUGGUCAGGUUGCUACAGGUACACUGGCAGACCUCGUUCUUUGGAAGCCAGAGAACUUCGGCUCCAAGCCCUCUAUGGUACUGAAGUCUGGCGUAAUCGCCUGGUCGCAGAUGGGUGACGCGAACGCAUCCAUCCCUACCGUGCAGCCGUUCUACUCCAAACCUAUGUGGGGCUCUUACCCGGCUUCAGCGGCGCUCAACUCUAUCUCGUUCGUGUCUGAAAUAUCCAUUUCGUCUGGCACCGUGGCGUCCUAUAAACUAUCAAAACGGUUCGAACCUGUUACGGGGUGUCGAGCGGUCACGAAGAAGGACAUGAAGUGGAACGACGCCACGCCCGAAAUGAAGGUGGACCCGGAGAACUAUGAGGUGCAUGCAGACGGCGUGCUCGCGGAUAUCGAGCCCGCAGAGCGGCUUCCCCUUGGUAAAGCAUACAACCUGUUUUAGUACGUCCUGUAAGGUCAUGCAGAGCAAUCCAAUGUACUAUUAUCGGC